GCCCGAUCCGACGGCACUAACAGUUCGGUCACCGCGACGCACAGUCGGUCGAGAGUGAAAGGCGAAUUUUCGGGGGAAACACGUCCGCCGCCUGGAGUCGCUGCUCGAAUGAGUGUGGAAUCAAAUAUAUUACUUAUAGAAAAAUAUUGCUUAUGCAAAUAGUAAAAUGCCCACAGUGCGCGUGUGCUUGCAAUGGACCUCGGUUGUCUUUAGUACAAUCACAUUGACCGUUGGCAUCCUGGCGGCCCUGGCCGGCGUCUAUGAGCUGGACAAGUUCAACGAGGGCUCCGCGGAGCAUCUGGAGAAGUUCGUCCAACUGGGCAUGGCCGGUGCUCUCAUCUUCGCCGGACUCGUCGGCUGUCUGGGCGCCAUCCUCGGUUCCAUCAAGGUGAUGGUGGUGAACCUGAUUGUGCUGCUGAUUCUGAUAGCCGCGCACAUCUGGAAGGUGUCGCACUACAACGAGACCAAGCAGCUCGACGCCACUGAGGUGUACGUGAUGGAUCUCUGGAUGAAGGAGCUGGUCCACCAUGGCGCCAUGCAUCACCUGCAGCAGGAGUACGAGUGCUGUGGCGACAAGGGCUAUUCCGACUACACCAGCCUCAACAUGAAGGUGCCGCGCAGCUGCUUCCACACCAAGGAUGGGAUCCACGCCCUGUAUCCUUACGCGGAGGGCUGCAUGGCUGCCGUCCAGCGAUCCUACCUGCAGAUCUACCGAUACGAGAAGUGGAUCCACUGCGGACUCAUUGGCUACGAGGUCGUAGGCAUCAUCUUGGGCAUCACCUUGUGCUGCCAACUGACCAAUAAAACUCGUCGUUACACCUACUGAUUACCAAUGACUUUUGUACAAAAGCAAAACCCCUAGGCUAAUAAGAAACGUAUACAUAAAACAAGAGAUAUUAAAUGUUGAUCGACUGGAUCUUAAAUGGCCAUAAAA